AGAAAUUAGGCAGAUGAAGCUAUCUUCUACCUCACCGACAUUCUAGAUGUGUACAGGAAUGACAAAUGGAUCUCGCCAACAUCACCGGCCACAAAGUGACUGAGUUUGUCCUCCUGGGCUUCCCUUCUUUAUCACCUGUGUUGCGCUUGGUCCUGUGCUCCUUUCUCUCAACCAGUUAUGCUUUCACACUACUAGGGAACCUGUGCAUCAUCUGGGCAGUGGUCAGAGACACCCAUUUGUCCCACCUCCCCAUGUACAUCCUCUUGGGCAACUUCUCCGGGCUGGAGAUGUGCUAUGUCUCCUCUACAUUACCUCGGAUGCUCGUUGAUGUGGCCUCCCCGCCCGGGGUCAUCUCUUUCCGUGACUGCUUCUUGCAGUUCUAUUUCUUCUUCUCCUUGGGGGCAACUGAGUGCUUUUGCCUCUCCAGCAUGGCCUUAGACCGGUACUUGGCCAUCUGCCACCCACUUCGCUAUCCAAUGCUCAUGUCCCCCCAAUUUUGCUGCACCUUAUCGGCUUGCUGCUGGGUCUCCGGUUUCUUGUGGUUUCUCGUGCCCAUCAUCCUCAUUUCCCAGCUCCCGUUUUGUGGCCCCAACAUCCUGGAUCACUUUGUCUGUGACCCAGCCCCUCUUCUAGCUGCCUCCUGCAGCCCAGCACCCCUCACACAGAUCACCUGCUAUGCCCUCACUUCUCUCAUCAUUUUUGCAACCUCCCUCUUCAUUGUGACCACCUAUGGCAUAGUUUUGCAAACGGUCCUAAAGCUCCCCUCUGCUGCAGGUCGCCGGAAGGCAUUUUCUACUUGCACCUCCCACCUGGCUGUGGUCAGCUUGUUUUAUGGCUCCAUCAUGGUCACCUAUAUCACCCCAGGAUCGUCUGGCGGAAGUAAUAAGGUGGUAACUGCCUUCUACUCCAUGGUGACCCCUCUUCUCAACCCACUCAUCUACAGCUUGCGAAACAAAGAGAUGAUGGCGGCACUAAAGAGGACAUUGCUUCGAAGACGUUGA